UAUAAAUAGGGAGAGAUUCCUUCAGGAGAUCCCAUUCAAAUUUUUUAAAACACCAACAGAAAGAAUGAAAGUCCUGUGGAUCUUUGCCUUCCUCGGAGCAGCACUUGCUGCCCCCGUUGAUGAUGAUGACAAGAUUGUUGGAGGAUAUACAUGCCAGAAAGAUGCUGUCCCUUAUCAGGUUUCACUGAAUGCUGGUUACCAUUUCUGUGGUGGUUCCCUCAUCCAUCCCCAAUGGGUUGUUUCAGCUGCCCAUUGUUAUAAAUCCCGCAUCGAAGUGAGACUUGGAGAGCACGAUAUUGAGCAAGUUGAGGGGGGCGAGCAGGCGAUCAGAGCUGGAAAAAUCAUUGUCCAUCCAAACUACGACUCUUGGCUCUUGGAUAAUGAUAUUAUGCUCAUCAAGCUGGCAACACCUGUUGUUAUUAGUCCAAGUGUUUCGCCUAUCCCUUUGAGUAAUGGAUGUCCAGCAGCUGGUACUAGUUGCCUGAUCUCAGGAUGGGGCAAUACUCUCAGCAACGGUGUAAACUACCCUGAUCUUCUGCAGUGCCUGAAUGCUCCAAUCCUAAGUGAUGAGGAAUGCAACGCUGCUUACCCAGGAGACAUUACUGAAAACAUGGUCUGUGUUGGAUACCUAGAGGGUGGCAAAGACUCUUGUCAGGGAGAUUCUGGUGGCCCAGUGGUUUGUGAUGGACUGCUCCAGGGCAUUGUCUCCUGGGGAAUAGGCUGUGCUCUGCCUGGCUAUCCUGGAGUCUACACCAAAGUCUGCAAAUACGUCAACUGGAUCCAUGAAACCAUUGCUGCUAACUGAAACAUCUGCUUUCCUCUUGUUCCAACCUUUUCAUGUGAUUCAUCUUAAUAAAAUAUGAAAUAAAUAGAAGCUGAUUACCAAACA